UGUUGUCUCCCAUUCGUUUUCCCUGAGUUGUUUGGGAAGGCACUCUGAACUGGUUUUAUAACAUCCCACAUAUCAGCAGCACUGUAGAUUCAAGGCCCCCAGUUACUUUUUACCAUAGCAGACAUAAACUUUAUCAAGGGCUAAAGGUCCUCUGGUUCACUUGGACGCUUAAACCAAAGCAGAAACUCUAGUCUAGCCAUAUUCAUCAUGUCCAUGCAGACACUUCUCUUCUUGACAGGACUGGUUGCGCUGUCCAGUUCAUACAUUAUUCCUCUGUCAUCUCAUGUGCAUGAGGUAUACGGAAACGGUGAAGAUGAUAACCCCUUACUUAACUUGGGAGCAGAAGAAGACUUGGUUGAAGGGGAUAUGCUCAUUCCGCCAGGACGCAAUGCCUUGAUUGACACUAAAUACAGAUGGAAGUUUCCCAUACCCUACAUUCUGUCAGAUGACUUGGAUUUGAAUGCCAAAGGUUGUGUCCAUCAGGCAUUUGAAAUGUAUCGUCUGAAAUCUUGCAUAGACUUCAAGCCCUACGAAGGCGAGAAGACAUACAUUAAGUUUGAAAAGAGAGGCGGGUGUUUCUCCAGCGUUGGGGACCAGCAGAAUGGACAGAUCCUGUCCCUGGGCGAUGGCUGUGACCACAAGGCUGUAAUCGAACACGAGCUCCUCCACGCUCUGGGCUUCUACCAUGAGCAGUCUCGCCAGGACAGAGACGACUAUGUCAAGAUCUGGCUGGACCAAGUCACUCCAGGGCUAGAACAUAAUUUCAACAAAUACGAUGAUUCCUUCAUCACUGACCAGAACACUCCUUACGAUUAUGAGUCUGUCAUGCACUACCGGCCAUACUCCUUCAACGUGGACCCCAACAUUCCCACAAUCACCACCAACAUCCCAGAAUUCAACAACAUCAUUGGCCAGUACCUGGACUUCAGCAAACUGGACAUGCUGAGGUUGAACAGGAUGUAUAACUGCUCCUCCCCUCUCACUCUCCUGGACCAGUGUUCCUUUGAGUACAUCAACAUCUGUGGGAUGAUUCAGAGCCCCACUGAUGAUGCAGAUUGGGUCCACACCAAGAGCAGCACUGGGAACGAGGAUCACACUCUCAUUGGCCAAUGCAGAGAUGCAGGUUACUACAUGCACUUCAACACUAAGACCGGGAAGGAGGACGAGUCAGCUCUGUUAGAGUCUCGCAUCCUGUACCCCAAGAGACACCUGCAGUGUCUGCAGUUUUUCUACAAGAUGACAGGCGGACCAAAGGACAGACUUGUGAUUUGGGUGAAGAUGGACGAUGGGACUGGGACAGUUCGCAAACUGAAGAAAAUACACACCAUCUGGGGAGAUGAUGACCACACAUGGAGGAUUGUCCACGUCUCCAUGGAGAUCGAAGAGAAGUUCCGCUAUGCUUUCCAAGGUGUCCGAGGAGAUCCAUCUACAACCAGUGGAGGAAUCUUCAUUGACGACAUCAGCCUGACUGAGACUCGCUGUCCCAACGCUGUCUGGCAGAUCAAGAACUUCACCGGUAUCCUCAACACUGCAAACAAUACCACCGUCAUGGACAGUCCAGUCUUCUACAGCCCAGAGGGCUAUCGUUACGGUGUACGUGUCCGCCCCGUCUCUGACUACAGUGACCACACUGGUGGCUACACUGGGAUGUACUUCCACCUGGCCAGCGGUGAGAAUGACGUGGUCAUGCAGUGGCCGGCCCUGAAUAGGCAGGCUAAAAUCGUGGUCAUGGACCAGGAUCCUGACAUCCAACUGAGGAUGUCGUCUGCUCGCAGUCUGACUACAGACCUGAUUAAGACUCCAGAUGGGAAGCUGUGGUGGGAUAAUCCAACCAAUGUGGGGACCUACGACCCAGGGUGUGGGUGCUACAGGGGAGAGUCGCGGGGAUGGCGCAACAUGAUCAAGCAUUUCGACUUGCGACGACGGAACUACCUGAAAAACGAUGACCUCAUCAUCUUUGUCGACUUUGAAGACAUAACAUCUCUGAUAAAAACAGAGGUUCCCAUAAACCCAAAGGAGUGAGCAUGUAUUUUACUACCACCGAGGGGAGAUCCGGCAGUCCUGAGGAUUUGGACAGACUCAAGAAGAGUACAGAAAAUAACAGCACAAUUUAUGUAAACUAAUGUUGUGAGUAAAUAUAAAUUAUUUUGUCGAAAAUUUGAUUGGUUUGCAAACUUUAUAAAAUAACUAAAAACUCUUGAAAUUGUAUUUGUUUUUACUGUUCAAAAAUUCUUAUUCACAAUGCUUUCAUUAAAGUUUGAGUCUUCAAAUAAA